GUUCAUCACUAUUUACCACGAAACAUUUCCGAGCGUAUGGUAAGGGUCCUCUGACCUUGGGCACUGGUGCAUCACAAAGUCUGCCAUCAGCCUGCAUUUCCUCCUAUACGUUGCCUAACAUGCCUCCUCCAAUGCCAAAUCCCACGAAGCACAUGACCGCAAACCCAGCGAAACCCGUUGGAAGGUAUCGUCCGGGAAAAGCAGUCGCAGAACAAGAGUCGUCCGAAGAAGAAGAAGAAGAGUCAGAAGAGGAACAGCAACAGCAACCACAAUCUCAGAGGACACCUCAGGCACGACCGACCCAGGCCAAAAGGCCACAGGCACCAGUUCAGGAAGAAAGUGAGGAGGAAGACGAAGACGAAGAGGGAUUCGUAACAGACCCAGAAGAUGCAGAAGAAACUCCAGCACCGGCAGGAUCACAACCGGCAAGAACUACAUCCACGAUAUCCAGACCGCCUGCUGUAAAGCAGGACUCUACGCAGGCAAGGUCGGAAGAGGAAUCGGAGGAGGACGAAUCCGACGAAGCAUCCGAAGAGGAAGAGGAGAGCUCCUCAGAGGAAGAAGCACCCCAACGCAAAUUCCAACGCCCAACAUUCAUUAAGAAGACCGAACGUAAAUCCGCACCUACAGACGCAGCCCAUCAGACCCCAAACGCUGAAGUCGAGGAGCAAUCUCGCCGGCUCGCCCAAGCAGACCUCCUAAUCAAGGACAAACUCGAACGCGAUGCCCUCGCUCGAGCUCAAGGCAAGAAGGCAUGGGACGAUGACGACGAUGUUCUUCCAGAAUCCAUGGUGGACGACACGGAUGGUGUCGACCCGGAAGCAGAGUAUGCAGCAUGGAAAGUGCGGGAACUUAAGCGCCUAAAACGCGACAGAGAAGCCUUGGUUGCGCGAGAAAAAGAGAUUGAAGAGACGGAACGACGGCGAAACCUCACGGCUGAGGAGCGGGAGAAGGAAGACAAAGAGUACCUGGACAAGCAGCGUGAAGAACGCGAGGGAGGCCGAUCGGAAGCACAAUUUCUGGCAAGGUAUCAUCACAAAGGCGCGUUCUUCCAGGGCGACGAGACUGCUGAGAUCCUAAAACGACGCAAUGUCAUGGGCGCACGAUUCGAGGACGAUGUCACUGACAAGUCUGUUUUGCCGGAGUAUAUGCGGCUACGAGACAUGACGAAACUAGGCAAGAAAGGGCGCACACGAUACACCGAUCUCAAAGGUCAGGAUACCGGUCGUUUUGGCGAGGACGUGAAGAGGUGGAGAGGAAGUGGUGCUGGCCCAUCAGGAGGUGCUGGUGAGGGUUUCGAUACCAGAGGCUUGGACGAGCGAUUCCUCCCAGACGACCAGCGUGGUGGUGGCAAUACAGGUCCCACCGGUGCCAAUGCCAGCGCCGUGGGUCAGCGACGCGAGAAAGAGUCGUACAGAGAUGGCGAUCGUGGCGAGAGACGGAAGAGAUCACAUUCUAGGUCGCGGUCACGGUCACGAUCGCCACGGCGGCGGAAGAGAGAGUCGGAUUACGAUCUUGACAGGGACAGACGACGUGAGAUCGAGUCGCGGUGAACGUGCCUAUACGUGGUAUCUCAUCGACUUGAGGGCACAUUCCUGGAGUGUGAUUGAAACUGUGCUUCUCGCCUCUCGAGGAAAUGUGCUUGAACCGAAGUCUAUUGGAGGCUAUGAGGGCAUUUCACCAGGACAGCAGUUGUGGGAAUGUCCCAAGACCUACCGACUAGUAUCAGGUAAGGCCUCCCAAAGAAAUGGUCGGCCAAGUCGGAGCGCUGUAUAGGUCCAGAUCGGGCUUAGCGCGUCGUCGGAUCAGACUCUAUGCUGAACAUUUCCGCCAUGUGCCAGUGCUUGAGGGGAGGAGGAUUCGUCUUGGCCGAUACUCCAUGGAACCAUAGCGGAAGUACAUCUCACGGCCGUACAGUGCUGUGCCACUCUGAUCUUGAGCUGCCUAGCUUUUCGCCAAGUCGAGCUCUUCCCCUCAUAUCCUCUUCAUUUCAGACGGCAGCCAGCAAUAGCACUGAG